CCAUUAUUUGAUUCUAUAUGUAUUGGUGACUCUCUGCAUUACUGUUCGGUCGUUGACCGAUAUUGAAUAAAUUAAUUCGUUAAUCCCCUGCUCGCAUCGGAAUAGGUAUUUUUUAACACACCAUGAGUUGGAGAAUAUUGCGAGCUUGUUUGAAGCCCAAUAGUCUUUCUCACUUGCUUAACGCUGAUAAAAUACGAUGCUGUAAUAUUAUUAGAAAUGUAUCUCAAUACUAUCCAAUUGAUGAGAAUCUCUAUGGGUUAUCUGAGGAGCAGAAGCAGCUUCGUUCGAUAUGCUUUGAUUUCGCUCAGAAAGAGUUGGCACCCAGAGCUGCUGAAAUUGACAAGCAAAAUAAAUUUGAUGAUUUGCGGAAAUUUUGGAGAAAAUUGGGCGAAAUGGGUUUCCAUGGAAUUACAGCACAAUCGACCUACGGUGGCACUGAUGGCUCAUAUCUGGAUCAUAUAAUAAUAAUGGAAGAAUUGAGCCGUGCCUCGGCCUCAAUAGCUCUCAGCUAUGGUGCACACUCAAAUUUAUGUCUCAAUCAAAUACAUAGAAAUGGAACGGAGAAACAGAAACGCAAAUACUUGCCAAAGCUAUGUAGUGGUGAAUACAUUGGAGCAUUGGCAAUGUCCGAGGCAAGUUCAGGCUCAGACGUAGUAUCAAUGAAAUUAUGUGCUGAAAAAAAAGAUGACUACUAUGUUGUUAAUGGUAACAAAUUUUGGAUAACCAAUGGCCCUGAUGCAGAUGUACUUAUCGUUUAUGCUCGAACAAAUCCACAGAGCGCCAAGCCACAACACGGUAUCACAGCAUUUAUUAUUGAAAGAGAUAUGGAAGGAUUCAGCAGUGGCCUCAAGUUGGAUAAACUUGGUAUGCGUGGCUCCAACACCAGCGAAUUAAUAUUUGAUAAUUGUAAAGUGCCCAAUGAAAAUAUACUUGGUCAAUUGGACAAAGGCAUUUACGUUUUAUUCAGCGGUUUAGAUUUGGAAAGAUUAAUACUGGCUGGUGGACCUCUCGGAAUUCUACAAGCCUGUUGCGAUCUCGCUUUUGAGUAUGCUCACACUAGGAAACAAUUUAACACUAGACUCGCUGAAUUCCAAAUGAUUCAGGGUAAAAUCGCAGACAUGUAUACAAAGUUAAGCGCCAACAGAAGUUAUCUAUAUGCUGUAGCGAGAGCUUGCGAUGCUGGACACGUCAAUCGGAAGGACUGCGCUGCGGUAAUUCUCUAUUGUGCGGAAAAUGCAACCAAAGUGGCUUUAGAUACUAUUCAAAUCCUAGGUGGAAAUGGAUACAUCAAUGAUUAUCCCAGUGGUCGACUUUUGAGGGACGCUAAACUUUAUGAAAUUGGAGCUGGUACAAGUGAAAUUCGACGAAUGGUCAUUUCAAGAGCAAUAACAGAAGAAUACUCGUGAGAAAAUUACAUUAUAAUGAUGUUUGAUUUUUUUAUAUAUAUUAAUGUAUAUGAAAUUGUUAUUUGAAUAUUCCAAUAUUAAUGGAAUAAUAUUUAGUACAUUGACAAAUACAAUUGAUGAUGCUCAAUCGAAAGAAAUGAGUCACUAGA